AUGCCUCGAAAACGCUCCCCGCGUGAACCAACAACCGAAUUCCAUAUGAGGACCAGAAAUCGGAGCAUCAAGACUACGCCAGAACCAUCAAACUCAUCUUUGGAGGACUCUUCAUUGUCAGAACUAGGGACGCCACCAGAUACUCCUCCGAGUAUUCUGAGCUCCGCAACCCGCAAGCGAAAACGGUCAAGCUCAAGCUCCGGUGAUCCUGAGACACCUUCGGAGUCGACACAGCCAAGACGAAGAAAUACUGCGGUCGUAGCUGUGCCAGACCCGAUCAAAUCACGAAAACGCAGACGAAGACCGCCCGUAUCUGGACUCAGCGACACUUCGAGCACGUCCAAGACAGACCGUUCUUCCCCAGCCACCCAGUCAUCAAUCACUCCGCCUGAUUCUGCCAAAUCAUCAAGACGCAAUUCGGCUGCGACACGAUCUGACAGUGCUGAUGCUCUUCCAGAAACUGAAGUACAGGCACAGAUUCAAGCAGCAUCCACCGUCAGAGAAUCCUCCACGGCAUUGAGACGUAGCGCGCGCCACAUAAAGCCAAGCAUUCUUCAAGGACCCCUUGCAGUGGAUGCUCCUCCAAAUGAGCCUUCAUCAUCAACUGCUGAGGCACCGUCCGAAAAUGCGCGGAAGCGCAAACCUAGUGGUGCAGCAUCAGAUGCUUCGGAGACGGUUCCUAAGCGUAGGCGAACUCUACGGACCGCCAAGCAAGCAACCACCCAAAAGUCCUCCAACUGUUGGGACAAGGAGAAAGAGAUUUGGCCUGAAUUUGACCGAAACAACGUGAUCUACUAUGCUAAUGAUGGCACCACUCAAUAUCACCCUGCAGAGGGAGAUGAGACGCCAGAAUCCCGCUCGCCGAAAAAGCCAACAAGGGGCGGUGCCCGCACUGGUCGUGGAGGCGGCCACUCCAACGGUGGUGGACGCAAAGGCAAGCCAAAAGGCCGAGGGGGACGUGGAGGGAGUCCAGAUCCGCCAGAGCGAAGGCAGCCGCUCUCUCAGGAAGAGAAGGCGAUGAUCUCCAUUCUCAAGGCCAGGCAGCAGGAAUUGAAACGGUUCUUCAGCGUCGUGGGCGCUCAACAGUUUGACAUACUCGAACAACUGGCCAAUCGCGAUCUCAACAGAAUGGCCAAGAAGUCGAACGCCCACAAGAAAGUACCCGAGUACGCGAUGAUCGUCGAAGAACUUGAGGCCGCCAAACAGGAUGCCGAAGAUCUCGUCAGGAAGAGAUAUGACAUCCAACUCGAGGCCGAAAUGCGACGAUUAGAGGCAGAAAAGGAGGUCAUCGAACAACAGUGGAAGAAUCGCCGAGCAGCGGCCCGCAAAGAACACCUCGCCGCGGCGGAAGGAGACAUCAUCCUCUUCGAGCGAGCCUACCGUGCCGCUCACGACGACACGCACACUGAAUCCGGCUCCGACAUGAUGGAGUACUUUCCACACUAUCACGAACUACCAGAACCAGAUACCCAACCGCGUGGAUACACAUCCAGCAGAAUCAAAGACGAGAAGCCGUUUAAGCGACAGCUCGGAGAAUCCUAUGACGAACAAGCUCGCCAACAAGUGCUCAACGAGGACGUUAUUGGCCCCUUGUUGAAGCAGAUUGAACAAAGAAACAAAGAAUGGAGAGCCGAGCAACUGUCUCACAAGUCUCGAUCCAUCGACGCUCUUACCGAAGAGGCGGCAAAGGAGCUGGCAAAGAUCGGUGGUUAUCUUGUUCCACGGCCCAUGGACAUGGCGGAAGCUAACAGCUUCGCCUUGUCCGCACUGGCAGACGUGUCCGAGUGGGUGGCGCAGCAAUACCCCCAGAAGCAGUACAUCUACGUCCCACUUGCGAAAGGCGAAGCUUUCCCAGUUCAAGGCUUGGACUUCUCCCCUCUUCCCGGUCAAGCCCCGCCACCGCCGCGUCCGCAACAAGCUUACCAGCAGGUCAUCCGGACAAAUUCGCGGCCACGUGGCCGUCGACUCAAAUAUCCUCCACUGACUUACGAGCAGGCGGUGAGCGCUACCACUUCCUCCCCUGGACUCCCACCUCUACAACCCCAGCAUCAUACCCAACCUCAAGGAGUACACUUUCCGCCGCCUACUACUACCGCACCACUCGCAGGUCCACUGGUGUUUGAAGCCCCACGCAUCAUCUCCAGCGGUCCAGGCCAACCCAUUGCCCCUGCUCCGCCGAAAGCCGCACCUGCUGCUGGUCGUCCAAGUGUCGACAUCUUCCGCCAUAAUACCCGAUACCCACCACCCCCACCUCCGCCUUCACACACCUCCCAUGCGCGGCAAAAUUCAUUGACCAUUGCAUCGUCGCCGCCGCAGCAGUCCCAGCCACAAUAUCAACCUCAGCCCCAGCCUCAGCAGUACAUAUUCCAGACACCACAACAACCAUUCCAGCAUCAAGCCGCGCCGCCACCGACUCAAACACAACAGUAUGGUCCCCCAGCCAGUACGGCUCCAGUCGCUGUGAUCACCGCCUCAGGCCCGAGUUCAAGCCCAGCUGGGCUAAAUGCCACCAGUCCGUCAGGGCCUAUAGCCGGCCAACAGACGAAGAUGCCCAUGACCUUUGUGAAUCAGACCAUAGAAAGCAGGACCGCUGCCGCCGCGGGUCAAGCAAGCACCGGCCCCGGCAACGGGAAUGGUCACGGGAACGGUGCGAAUGCAGCUGGAAAUGACAAGGGGAGUGGGAGACGUGUCUUGCUGCCAAAGUUCUAG